GUGCCCCAUCUAGGAUCUUCAGCCAGGGCACUGGCAUAAGACGCGCACGGUGCUGGUCUCCCCCCAGCACCUCACCUGGAGCCCUCACGCUAGGACCUGGAUCACCCUCUGCUCCUGUCUCCCUCCUUCCAUCCCGCCAGCACCAUGAGCUGCCCAGGACUGCUGGCCGUCCUGCUCCUGGCCGUGCCAGCUAUCUCCCUUCCCGUGACAAAUGACAUGAAUAAAGGGGACACUAAGGUGAUGAAGUGCAUUGUAGAGGUCAUCUCUGACACUUUAUCGAAGCCAAACCCUCUGCCGAUCAGUGAGGAAUGCCUAGAAACACUGAGAGGAGAUGAACGAAUCAUUUCUAUCCUUCGCCACCAAAAUUUAUUGAAGGAACUUCAGGAAAUUGCUGCUCAAGGUGCCAAUGAGAGAACUCAGCAGCAAAAGAAAAACAGUGGCUUUGAAGAUGAACUUUCUGAAGUCCUUGAAAGUCAGAAUGACAAGAACAAGCAGAGAGAUGCAGCAGAGGAGCGCCCUGAAGAGGAGCGGCCCGCAGGGUCCGUGGCUGAGCUGGCAGCACAGAAAACCCUGCAGAAUGAAGAUUCAGGUGAGGAGGGCAAAAACAGCCUGGAGGAAAGGGAGCCCAGACCACGGGAUACAGACCCUGGAGAGGAGGAUCGGGAGGAAGCAGAGAGCAAUGAGAUCAGGGGUGCAGAGAAUGCCCAGCAGGAUGAAACUUUGGACAACCGCAUCAGCAAAGGCUUCAGUGAGGAUGAGCGGCAGCAGCAAGGAGAUGAAGAGGAGCAGCCCAGAGGCCCCAGGGACAGCCUGGAGCUCGAGGAUGGGGGAGAGCAGCCAUCGAGGCAUGGCCAGAAGAGUAAGGAGGCUGCAGGGGAGCGUGUGGAGCGGGAGGAUGACAGAGGAGAUGCUGCUGCAGAGGAGGACCCUACUGAAGCAGAGAGGUCACUUGAUUUGGCUGAGGAGGACAUGGAGGCUGAGGAGAUGCAGGGAGAUGACAAUGAUGACGAUGCUUUGGGAUUCAGCAAAGAUGGGCAGAGCUCUGAGGAGGAAGAGGAAGAACAGCCCCGAGCACUGAGAGGAGGAAGGCAUCGGCUUGAGGAUGAGGAGAUGCAGGGGGAAGAGGACACCUUCCAGCCCAGGGAUGCCAGAAGCGAGGAGAUGGAGGAGGAGUCCUCCAGGGAGUGGGAAGCCUCCAAGAAAUGGAACAAAAUGGAUAAGCUGGCGAAACAGCUGACGUCAAAGAAGCGCAUGGAGGAAAAUGAAAGUGAGGAAGACCCAGACAGGUCCAUGAAAAUAGCAUUCAGGUCCCACAAGUAUGACUUCAGUCAUCCAGAGGAAGAUGUGAGAAGGUCGUGGAAGCACCACUCGAAGGAUGACAGCAGUGAAGGAGUCUUCCCACUUGUUCCCAUGCCUGAAGAAAAGAAGGAUGAGGAAGGCAGCGCCAACAGGAGAACAGAGGACCAGGAGCUGGAGAGCCUGGCUGCCAUUGAGGCUGAGCUGGAGCGUGUCGCCCACAAGCUGCAUGAGCUGAGGCGAGGCUGAGGACCCCAGCUUGCCCUGCACGGGUGAAAGCCACCGCUGCCACCCUUCUCCUUCCCCACCACGUUUCCAUUUCCUGAUUUAAAAGCAACUAAGCUGGAGCAGAAGCAUCGUGCCUAGGAAGCUGACCUUGCUAGCGCCCAGGCCUGCCUCCCUCGCCGUAGUGUUGUGCUCAUUGCUGCUUUUUCACCUCACGCUCCCCUGUCCACACGGAUGCCCACCUGCCCAGCUGGGCUCCAGUGGGUGCAAAGCGCAACCUACACCUGUAUUUUCUGUCUGGGUGGGUUUUUUUUUCCCCCUUCUUUUUUUUAAAAGACAAGAUAGCUUUCUAGAAAGUUCUCCUUCUACCGGUAGUUUCACUGGGUAAAAAAAACUGCAAUAACUUGUUAUCUUUUGAUUAAAAGCUGAGAACUCUGACUGUAAUAUAUUCUAUAUAAAAAUUUGUCUAAGGAAAAAUAAAACUGCAGUGGGUUCCUUCAUUUGUUUUGGCAGCUUCAGUCUCAGUCAUUAGCACGCUGCUGGGCUUGUAUGGUCCUGGUGGAGAGGAGGGGGAAUGGAAUGAAGGUUACCCCUCACCACAUUGUGAUGGCAUUUACCUCUUUUCCCAGGCUUCAACAGUGCUGCCCACCAAGGCCCAGCUUUGUGGGGGCCCCCCUGAAGUCCUAAGUGCUGCGGGGCUCUCCGUCCCCGACCAGAGCCUGUCAAGGCUGUCCAGUCCAGCCCUGGUGCCAGCUAUCCCAAGUAGUUCAGUGAAAUGUGGGUUGCAUCCAUAGUUCACUGAUGAACAGGGGGUUGACGUGAAAGAAUUCAGUUUAGAAGUUUAAACAACAGGGCAAUACUUGACCAAGUCAAACUAUUUGGACAAUGCACAGUUGGGCUAAACUCCCCAAAAAGAUAACAAAUCCUCUAGCUCUGAGGAAAAGCGCUCCCCGGGAGGUGAAGGCGAGUCCUGAGGGGGUGCCCCUCUGCUGCAUCAGCUCACAGGAGCCAAGGUGGCCUGCCAGCACAGUGCUAAGUCAGAACUUUCCCCAUCCUUUGGGCUUCAAGCCACAUAUCGGGUGGUGCCUGGCCUGGGGAAGCUUGCCCCAAAAGUCUCUGAACAGUGAUCACAACAUUUUAGAAUUUCUGUAUGUACCAACAGGCGUCUAGGACAACUCUCUGCAGCCAACGCUCCAUGGGACACCUUUCCACAGCCGGCUCUCUGCAGAGCAGGCACUGCUGGUCCCUUGUGUUCCCAGUUGUCUGGGGCUGAGGAGAAUGCUCCGGUGGUGGGAUACCGUACCUGUAAAUCCCUCAGUGUAAAAACCAGCAAUGCUGCCCACUCAAAGAGAACAAAAUAACAACCCGGUAUUCGGUGCUCCCUCUGCAGUUGUCCCCAUGGAGAGCUGGCUGUGUAUGCCUGUCCUGCAGAAAGCUGUCCAUCACUGAGAGUUGGCUGCUGUGGAGAGUAGGAGCAGGAGGCUGGCCACAGAGAGCUGUCCCUUUCCUUUGGCAGUAAAGGAAAAAAGAAUCCCACUGCCAGAGUUGUACUGCACUCCCCAGUUCAAAGCUCAGUUGACUCCCUCCACCUGCAGCCCGCAGAACAGCUGAGCUCAGGGAACAGCUGCCAGGCUUUGAACUCAACGUACUCCUUUAUUCUGCUAAAAAUGUCAGCACUGCUGGCCCACAGAAUGAGUUGCACUGGAGAUGGGGGUGCAGGGUUCCCUUGGUGCAGCAGACGCCGUGUGUCCCAAGCUGCAUUCCCCCACUCCAGGUAAGGUUCCCCAUGGAGAGUUGGCUCCUUGCCCAAGCCCCAGCAGCCGGACAGUGGCAGGAGGCAGUGGAGAGGCCGAGGCAUGGCCCAAAAACUGCCCUGGCAUGGGGCGUGAGCCAGAACAAGGCGCAGGGUGCAAACCUGGCUGGUGGAAGUACAGCAGAGCAAGGUGCAAGUCUGCCAGUCUCAUCUUGAGGGGACUGCACUCUCAUUAUCUGCAGAGAAAUGUGAUUAGGAACAGAGUGAAAACAAAGCUGUUCCACAGAACUAGUACUAAAAUGUCCUUUAUUAGGGAGUUAAUAUCUGACUGUAAAAGUCAUAUUUUACAUAUUGAUCUUCAUUUCCAUUUUUAUUUGAAUAUUGCACUUACUUUCCCUUUUUUUUUAUGUCAGUCUCUGCCAGUAGCAUUACCCACGCAACCCCAUGCAAACUCAGCUCUACAUGUCACACCAAAUUCACAGGAACUAUCACCUACCCCACCUCUCCCCUGCCAAAACAAACAAACAAAAAACAAAAGAAAAAGGCAACACCAAGAAACCAAACCGCCAAAGAAAUGCAGCCAUCUCCAUAGGAUUUGGACAAGUUUUUCCGCAAAGGAUAGAGGCACCAGUCAGAACUAAUCUACUGGCUGGAGCACUUCCCAUACAAGGACAGGCUGAGAGAGUUGGGUUUGUUCAGCCUGGAGAAGAGAAGGCUCCGAGGAGACCUUAGAGCGACCUUCCAGCACCUCAAGGGGCUACAAGAAAGCUGGAGAGGGACUGUUCACAAAGGCUUGUAGUGACAGGACGAGGGGUGAUGGGUAUAAACUGGAGAGGGGCAGAUUUAGACUAGACAUAAGGAAGAAUUUCUUCACUGUGAGAGUGGUGAGGCACUGGCACAGGUUGCCCAGGGAAGCUGUGGCAACAGCUCCCAUCCUUGGAGGUGUUCAAGGCCAAGUUGCAUGGGGCCUUGGGCAGCCUGGUGUCCCUGCCCAUUGCAGGGGGCUGGAACGGGCUGAUGUUUAAGGUCCCUUCCAACCCAAACUAUUCUAUGAUUCUGUGAUUAUUCUGCAAAAUUGGCAAGAGGAAAAAUAACAUUACUUGAUGAAGCUACUAUAAAUACCUCCUUAACUGGACACAAACAUUUGGGGCCCAAUGACUUUCUUCAAAGGGAAGGAUGGUGUUCAAGGCCCGAGUACUGGGCCUGGGAGGAUGGCUCACGAGUUUGUAAACACUGACCCUCUGACCAGCAACACCUUUGCUCUGCAGCGUCAGCUCAGCUCACGGCUGCAGCUCACCCUUCGGGUUGACACCAAGCAGAUCCCCAGGCAGUGUUCCCAUGAGCGCCCUUGCUGAGCGGGCUUGUUGCUUAGCAAAAUUUAAUGCUGCUAGGUGAGAUACCCAUCUUCCCUGCACUAACCAAAAUAGGGUCCUGAUUAAAAAUCCUGCUAGGUUUUGAGAAAUCAAGAAUCUCCAUUCAGGAUGACGAAGGAAGAAUCAGCCCAGAAGCCUACACUAGAAAUAAUGAUUAAGUACAGCAGUUGCCUGAAUCUCAGUGAUGUUUAGCGGUGUUAUACAGAAAGCUAUAUAUAGCUGGCUUCCCACUAGUCUUAUCGGAACAAAACCAAACCAGCCUUGCUCAUUAGUAGCGCUGGUACACAGAGCCCCAGGGUAACUGCAAACAACUGCACUGGGGAAGGUUGUGAAAACCAAAUUCUCAUGAAAAUGGGCUUGCCUCAAAGAGCUGCUCACCUCAACACCCUGGCCGCUCAUAAAGAGAAAGCAAAGUAGAACUUGUUAUAAGGCAUUUAUUUUCAUUAUGUGUUGGAAAGGGACAAUUCUGUCUUCAAAACAAUUACAGAGAUAAUGCCACAAUACCUACUGUAUAUUGCUUUACUGUUGAAACCAAAACAUUGUCCAAAAAAGGUGCCUGGCAAAUGAAAAGAAAAUGAAUAUAUUACCAUUAAAAUCAAUGCUGUUAAAUGAAAGCACCAUCUUCAUUGUCAGAUCUGAUCAGUCAUGCAGUUGAAGUAAGACACCAAAUAGCAAGUAUUUUUGUUUUUUUACAGUAAGCCAUGAUCUUUUAAGGGUUUAUAUCAUUCUAUACAAAUUUAAGUACAAAAUGGGAAUUAUGUUUUAGAAACCAUAGUAAACCAGGCUGAAGCGAAUCACAAGACAUACUUGUUAACACUGUACAGCUGGAUUUGAACACAGAUACUUAUGAACUUGCAAAACUCAGCACAUACACAAAAUGGUCCCCAAGGUUUAGCCGUGCUUAAGUGAGGAGCAACGCUGGAGACUGAAGGAGAAUAUCCAACACUACGCACACCUGGAGGGCCAAUUUUCUCAAAACUGUUGGAAUCCCAAGGAAUUGUUGUUACUCCAUUUUAAGAAUGACUGCAUUUUAGUAUGUGAUUCUCGCAAGGGUAUACACAAGCUGUAUGAAAUACUGAAUCAGAAAUAAAUAAUAAAAGAUACAUCUAAUACAUCUUUUAUUUUUAGGGGUUUUUUUUGUACAGCACUGACUUUACAAGAGGAUAAACAACUCAUUUUUAGGGGCUGAUAACAUCUGAAACAAAGAAGUCACUAUUUUAUAUGCAACAUAUACUUAACCUUUUAAUAACUUUAUAUAUGUAUAUAUGACUUUUCACACAAAAAAUGUUAAAAUAAUUUAUAUCUAAAAACUACUGUGUAAAGUAUGAAGAAGGAUAUAAAAUGUGGGUUUCCUUAAAAAGGGAUGGAAGAGGAAGACCUGAUUUACAUGAACUCCAUUAACUGUUUCAGCUGUUUCUGGAGUUUCAAGAGAUUUCCAGGCCAUCAACACAAACUUCUCAACACAAACCCCUGCAAACUCACAGCAUGCCGGGCAAAGUCACCUGCUAAUGAGCUCAUGUGGCCCACAAGCAUCUGCUAGCAUCAGUUCCUGUGGAUUCAGGGUAGGAAAGGUGGAGAGAAGCAAAAAAUAGCUUCUCUGACUGUUGUUAAAAAAUACAGAGUGAAAUUCUGGACCACCAGCAUCAGGAUGUCCACUGGCCAGGACUUCACUCCCAAGCCCUACCUCUCCUCAGCCUCUUUCUGCAUCACAGAUACAGGAAGUUUCCACACAAAAACUGCCCCAGCAGCAGGGGUGGACCAGACCCCAACAGCCACCUGCAUGCACACAGUGAGAAUGAUCCCCUCUGCUUGCUACAGACGCUAUUGUGCUUGUGUUGAUAAGGAAUCGCUCUAACAUUUCCACAUGCACUUGCAUCCUCUCAAACUUCUACAAUCUGCAAUAAUUUCUGUGGCCACGUAAACAUGACAGAAUCCAAGGGGGGGUCCAGAAGCUAUCUGGUCAAAUACUCAAGCGUUGAUGGCCUGGAGCCACACAAAGUGAACAGGGAAAGGAAAGGUAGUGAAGAUGUGAACUUUUCUGGAGGUUACAUUCCUCUGAAAUAGAUAUUAAAGCAAUAUUACAAAUAAAAUCAGCCAUGUGAUCUGCAAUGGUGUGUCUGUAUAUCUAUGAAAGCAAGAGGAGAUUAUAUUAAAGAAAAUAUUUUAAUCUACACAAAGCAUUUUCACGUACUCCUAAUUACAAAACACACAGCUGCAAUACCAUAAAGUAAUUGUAUACUGAAUACAGAAAUCAAUACAUCUCUUACUAAAAAGGAGACAGGAAAAGAAAAUUAGCAGGGUAAUGCAAGAGAACUGCAACUGUGCACAUGGGGAGACUGCUACAAACUCAAACCAGACUCUAUUCACUAAAAAACCAAAAGACAUGAUUUUCUGCACAGCUGUGGAAGGCAAGGCUGCAAGCUAGUGUGACAAAGCCUGACUUACUUGUCACUGCUGCCACGCAAAGACUUUGGAAAACCCAUGUUAGCCUAAGAACUGAUAAGCCUGGUUUUUUUUUUCUUAUUGGAGGGGAACAAAAGAAGCAUUUUUCCCCUUGUUUCUCUCUUUUUUUUGCCAGGCAAUUCGAACACCUCUGGCCCCAUUUAUUCUGUUGCCUUUGGACUGCAUCCUGCCUCUUUUAUCUCCUCAAUAUUCCACCUGGCUCCUCCCUGGCUGGACACAGUUAAUCUGAAGAAGUUGAGGCUUUACCUUGAGCAAUCUCCAUUACCUUGGGAAGUUUUAGGGUCAGGUUCUUAAUUUGUACCUAUCUAUAAUGAAAAUAAAUAGCUGUUUUUCCAUCUGAGCAACCUGCUGCAGACAUCCUCUGCACUAACACUCACAUGUUCAGGACAGCAGCUUUACCAUUCCAACAGUCUGACUAGUAUUAAUAAAAACAGUGUAUUCUGUCUACUGACCAGCUUGCUCAAUUGGCUCCUUCAGCACGGAAGUUGAAUAGCCAGUCAUGUGGUUAACCAAAGGUAAAAAUCACUGGCCCACCAGCAGUUCUGCAUUACACAAACCACAGGUGUCAGCACCAAUGGUCCUUUAGCUAGGCUGCAUUUCUGCAGCUGGGUUUCAUAUAUCGAUGGGAUGUUCUGGAACAGUCAUUACAAACCCAAGCAUAACGCGGCAAAGGCAGCUAGAGGGGGAGGAGAAUGAUGAUGGCUUUACAUUGCAGGUGGUAAUUAAUACCACUCACGUUCUCUUCAACACAGAAAAACCUUCACCUACUGAAGCCAACUACAUAAUUACAGUGGAAACCAGAGUCCCAUCUCCUCCAUCACACUGACACAAAACCUGGAGGAAUUCCAGUCAAGCUAAUGGUGUUCUUGUGGAUUUCUAACAGUGAAGCAGAACAGAAUUAGAUCCCUAUGUAGCUAACUGGUGACCAUGUAAUUGCAAUAUAAUUGCUCCCAUCAACACAGCAAUAAUAGCUAUGCCUCUGAAAACACAGCAGAGCCUUUACCAACCCGCAAUAACAGAAUUCUAAAAGACAUUAUGGAAAAUCUCCCUCAGAUUGUCAGCAAUUUUAAGAGCAAGGGUAUUCCGGUGUGGUCUAAUAUUACUAGACUCCUCUACAAGACUACAGAAUAUUAACUUACUGCGAAGCUUAUCUUAAAUCAAAACUAUCCUUAACUUAUCAAAUGAGGCAGCAAUUCAGAAAAGCACUUUAGCACAGGCUUAAUAACAUAGGCAUGCUCGAAUGUUUUACAAUAAUGUAAUUGUAUGUCCAAAUACUUGGUAAUUUACAGUUUUGCCUUUUAAAAGUUGGUCUCUCAAUUCGCCCCUGUGAUUUAGCAACAUUCUAGUAUAUGAGCCAUAACAAUAAUUUCUGCAAGGAAAUAUAGUAAUACAGCAAUUGCAUGGUAAUUUAUGUGAAAACUCUAUUGUAAUGCCACAUCACAACAGGUACCUGCAUAUCUGCACCUGGUAAAUUAAAGUGAUACCGAUACAUUUGAUAAAUAAAAAAUAAAUUACAGACUAUGGGAAAAAUGUCACUGAUCAUACCAAUGACCUAAACUUGUUUUCUAGUUACUGCCAAGGUCUGGAGUAAUAUUUAAAUAUAGUAUUUCUGCAAGCCUUCAGAGAAUUACAAAAUAAACUUCUAACAAUCAUUUGUAAACAAGUUUAAAAUGCACAAUUAUAUUUCAGUAGUUUAUUUUGGAGAAACAAAGCAGUGCAAAAUAGGCCAACCAAAAUUCAGAAGGCAGCCAGGAAAAUAAAAUUCUUGUUUGAUGUUCUAACUAGGAAACAGCAUACAGACAUUUCCAUUGGAUCCAACACUCAGAUUUAUGUAAACAUACUUAGUUUGAAAGGUCUUGAGUUACUAACCCAGUUUUAACAUAAUUGCUUCUUUCCCACCACCCAAUCAAAAAAAGAAAACAAAAAACCAAAAAAAAACACCUCCAAGCAAUUGUAAUAAAAGGAGCAAAAAGCAAGUCUACAAACACUCCACCAGCCGGUUACAAGAAAGUACCAUACAAAAAUAUGCACUGGCAAGUUCCUUCCUGAGGGUAUCUUUUGUUACACAUGUAACAUGAAAAUACUUUUUAUUUUAAACAAAGAAAAACAAACCCCAAACUGCAGAUGUCAUUUUUUUUUCAGUCAUGGUUUUAUGAAAGGUUUGGUCUAUCAUGAAUACUUUUAUAAAGCCUUAGCUAUGUACAUCUAACUCACUCACACCACGACCACUCGAGACCUGCACGGGAUCCAGCAGCCUCAAGGUAUACAAGGGUUGUGAAGUGUGCCCAGCUCUGAACGGACCUGCAAUAGUUGAGGAAGUUGACUGCAUUUCUAUUCACCCUGGAAUUUGACAGAUACCACACCCAUAACCCCUGUAAAGCUGGAAUAAUCAUCUCUUCCCAGAUCACUCAAAAAUCCAACCCUGGCUAUGGAAAAUUCCCAAAAAUGGCACUUAGGGAACAAAUGCAAUUUCCUCUAAGGAAAAAAACCCACUGUUUACACAGAAGACCUGCUACACAACGCUCCUCGAAACUUCUUCCCCUCCAGGACUGGUACCAUCAGGUACGAUAGUGACACCUUUCAUGCAGUUUACUUCUCUCUCCAUGGUCUAUCUGGGCUUUAAGUCUUUCCUUUUGAGUAGAUAUUUAACACAUGAUACUAAACAAACUAGUAUUAGAAGCUGCAGUGAUGGAUGCUUUACAAAUACCUGUUACAGACAGAAAUUCCCGUAUCUGCAAGCUAGGAGUUUAAUUAAGGAAAUUUUCUUAACACGACCCAUCUUAAACGUAUUUUAGGGCUUAAAUGGGGAAGAAAAGGCCACUCUAACAAAAUAGUGUCUCUGCUCUCAGUGCUAACAGACUUGGAUAGUUCCAGUUUAGUGUUCAGAAUUGGCAAACAUUGCAGGAAUUCUCAACAGCACAAGAUGCUGCCAUACCAGAAGA